AUGGCGAAGCAGGUGAAUUUAGCAGACUUUGAGAUGACGCGAACGCUGGGAUGCGGCUCAUUCGGGCGAGUGAAGUUCGCGAAGUACAAGCUGGAUGGCAAAAUGUACGCAGUGAAGUUCAUGAAGAAGCACGAGAUCAUCAAGCUGAAGCAGGUUGACCACAUCAACAAUGAAAAGAGGCUCAUGGCCCAGAUCGAUUAUCCUUUUAUCGUGAACAUGACCGGAUACACCAAGGAUGACUCGUACGUCUACAUCAUCAUGGAGUGCAUCACGGGCGGCGAGCUCUUCACCCACCUGCGCCGGGCGCGCAAGUUCACCGACGAGCAGGCCAAGUUCUACGGAGACCGCAGGUGGCAGCCGCGUUCGCCCACAUUCACAGCAAGAACAUCAUCCAUCGGGACCUUAAGCCAGAGAACAUCUUGCUUUCCCCCAAUGGUUACUCGAAGCUGA